AUGUCAAACAAUAAUGAUAAUGAUGAAUUUGAAAGAGUUUUUGUUUAUGACGAACAUAAAUGGUAUAAUCGACUUAAAGGGAAAACUUACUAUAGAGUAUUUGGAAACUGGGAAUGUAAUGAUUGUGGAAAUUCAUGGCCUUCUGCAUAUACGUGGAUUUCUUUCAAGAAGUUUUUAGAAGGUGUUGAUGCUAACCUAUUGGUGAAUUCAAAAUUGCGAAUGUAUCAAAGAUGUUCAGGGUGUCUAAGUGAUCAUAGUGCAAAGCUUUUAAACUAUUAUCAAUUAGGAGAGAGAGGCGCUGGACCACCAGGAAUGCGUGGAAUUUCUGGAGGUCAUAGAAGAGAUUUAU